GGGAAGGAAGGCCACCAGAAGAAGUGAGUCUGGUGGAAAGACCUGAAAGAGGGAAGGGAGGCACCUUGCUGGAUGGGGGCGGGGAAGAGACCAGAAUAAAACCCUGCUGUGGCCAGAACUAGAGAGAGAAAGCCAGAGCUGGCACUGGAGAGAGAUGCCCCCUCAUCUUCCCCUCCUCUGCCUCUCCCAAAGCUUGUAAAUGCCCCAGACAUGAGCCAGCCCAGGCCCCGCUACGUGGUAGACAGAGCCGCGUACUCUCUCACCCUCUUUGAUGAUGAGUUUGAGAAGAAGGACCGGACAUACCCACUGGGAGAGAAACUUCGCAAUGCCUUCAGAUGUUCCACGGCCAAGAUCAAAGCCGCAGUGUUUGGGCUGCUCCCCGUGCUCUCCUGGCUCCCCAAGUACAAGAUCAAAGACUACAUCGUCCCCGACCUGCUGGGCGGACUCAGCGGUGGAUCCAUCCAGGUCCCGCAAGGCAUGGCAUUUGCUCUGCUGGCCAACCUUCCUGCAGUCAACGGCCUCUACUCCUCCUUCUUCCCCCUCCUCACCUACUUCUUCCUGGGGGGUAUACACCAGAUGGUGCCAGGUACCUUUGCCGUUAUCAGCAUCCUGGUGGGUAACAUCUGUCUGCAGCUGGCCCCAGAGUCGAAAUUCUGGGUCUUCAACAACGCCACCAACAAGAGCUACGUGGACACGGCAGCCAUGGAGGCUGAGAGGCUGCACGUGUCAGCAACCCUGGCCUGCCUGACUGCCAUCAUCCAGAUGGGCCUGGGCUUCGUGCAGUUCGGCUUUGUGGCCAUCUACCUCUCCGAGUCCUUCGUCCGGGGCUUCAUGACGGCAGCCGGCCUGCAGAUCCUGAUCUCGGUGCUCAAGUACAUCUUUGGACUGACCAUCCCGUCCUACACGGGCCCGGGGGCCAUUGUCUUUACCUUCAUUGACAUUUGCAAAAACCUCCCCCACACCAACAUCGCCUCGCUCAUCUUCGCCCUCAUCAGUGGCGUCUUCCUGGUGCUGGUGAAGGAGCUCAAUGCUCGCUACAUGCACAAGAUCCGCUUCCCCAUCCCUACAGAGAUGAUUGUGGUGGUGGUGGCAACAGCUAUCUCCGGGGGCUGUAAGAUGCCCAAAAAGUAUCACAUGCAGAUCGUGGGACAGAUCCAACAAGGGUUCCCCACUCCCGUGUCACCUGUGGUUUCACAGUGGAAGGACAUGAUGGGCACGGCCUUCUCACUGGCCAUCGUGGGCUACGUCAUCAACCUGGCUGUGGGCCGGACCCUGGCCAGCAAGCACGGCUAUGACGUGGAUUCUAACCAGGAGAUGAUCGCCUUGGGCUGCAGCAACUUCUUUGGCUCCUUCUUUAAAAUCCAUGUCAUUUGCUGUGCCCUCUCUGUCACUCUGGCAGUGGAUGGAGCUGGAGGAAAAUCCCAGGUGGCAAGCCUGUGUGUGUCCCUGGUAGUGAUGAUCACCAUGCUGGUCCUGGGGUCCUAUCUAUACCCUCUCCCCAAGUCUGUGCUAGGAGCACUGAUAGCUGUCAACCUCAAGAACUCCCUCAAGCAACUCGCUGACCCCUAUUACCUGUGGAAGAAGAACAAGCUGGACUGCUGUGUCUGGAUGGUGAGCUUCCUCUCCUCGUUCUUUCUGAGUCUUCCCUACGGUGUGGCCGUGGGUGUCGCCUUCUCCGCCCUGGUUGUGGUCUUCCAGACUCAGUUUCGAAAUGGCUAUGCUUUGGCCCAGGCCAUGGACACUGACAUUUAUGUGAAUCCCAAAACCUACAAUAGGGUCCAGGAAAUUGAGGGGGUUAAGAUUGUCACUUACUGCUCCCCUCUCUACUUUGCCAAUUCAGAGAUCUUCAGGCAAAAGGUCAUUGCCAAGACAGGUGUGGACCCCCAGAAAGUACUGCUGGCCAAGCAAAAAUACCUCCGGAAGCAGGAGAAGGGGAGAAUGAUGCCCACACAGCAGAGGAAGUCUCUGUUUAUGAAAACCAAGACUGUCUCCCUACAGGAGCUCCAGCAGGACUUUGAGAACACCACCCCAACCGACCCCAACAACAACCAGACUUCUGCUAAUGGUGCCAGCGUGUCCUACAUCACCUUCAGCCCCGACAGCUCCCCAGCUGCCCCUUGUGAGCCAUCGGCCUCCGCCGAGACCCCCAGUGAGCCCAGUGACAUGCUGGCCAGCGUCCCACCCUUUGUCACCUUCCACACCAUCAUCCUUGACAUGAGUGGGGUCAGCUUUGUGGACUUGAUGGGCAUCAAAGCCCUGGGCAAGCUGAGCUCCACCUACGGGAAGAUCGGCGUGAAGGUCUUCUUGGUGAACAUCCACGCCCAGGUGUACAACGACAUCAGCCAUGGAGGUGUCUUUGAAGAUGGGUGUCUAGAGCGCAAUCACGUCUUUCCCAGUAUACAUGAUGCUGUCCUCUUCGCCCAGGCAACUGCCAGAGAAGUGGCCCCAGGACGUGACUUCCAAGGGGCUUCCGUGGACCCUGGGCUGUCCUUAUAUGAUUCAGAAGAGGACAGCCCCAGCUACUGGGACUUAGAGCAGGAAAUGUUCGGGAGUAUGUUUCAUGCAGAGACCCUGACUGCCCUGUGAGGGCCCAGCCAGCCCCCACACUGCCUCCAGAGUGCGUGGCAUCUGGGACUCCAAGAAGGAAGAGCCUGGGGUCACAAAGAGUGACCGGUAGAGGAGAAUACGUCCACCAGGACCUGAGCUCCUCCCUCCCCUCCCCCUCCUCCUCCUCUCUCCCUCCCCUGCCCCCCUCCUGGCAUCUCUGGAGUCAGCCAAUCUCAACAGGAAGGAGAGCCACCUCUUCACCCUCCGGCUGACUCUCAGGGCCCUGGCCGGAAGGAGAAAGUCUCCUGCUCACCUUACCGCACCCACCCAUGCCCAGCCCAAGGCAACUGAUGGGGAACCCCCCCACCCCGACUGCCGACUUCUAAGUGUGAGCCAAGAACAGAAGGGAAAGUACGACCCUGCUGACCUAGGGUGCAAAAGCCCUCGGGUCUGCACAGCUUGGUGUCAGAUGGUGUCGAGCUGUCACCAGACACGGAGCUGAACUUGCUUAGGACUCUGAGGCUUGUCCCCUCCAGCUGCCCCAGCUCUGUCCCUGGAGGAUCUGCACUCCUGGGACCACGUGCUCCCUACAGCCCGGAAUCUCCAUCUUCAUCACUGCGUCCCCUUCCUCCUCAUCUCAAGGCUGCUGGGAGCUCCACUGCUAUUCAGCACUUCAGACUCGAGGCUGGGGGUUGGCCCCCUCAGGGCCACCAGAGCUACCUCUCCAGGGGCAGCCCACCAAUGUAGCUGCGCCAGCCUCUGAAACACGAUCACUUCCCGUGCCUUCAGGGCCGGUUCCCUUCCACUUGAGGCUGGGUAGGAAUCUACAAAGGACAGGGUGGGUAGCUACCAGAAUCCUCUGGCAACAUAGUAACAGGUACCAGUUGUUCUGUAUAAGUACUUUUUGGAAUCCUUCUUUGUACAGAGACUGGAGGGGGAGGGGUGCUAGUGCCAACCCAGGGCCAACUGGUGGGACCUGAGCCCCGACGGUCCCCCUGACUUCAGAAAUGCCUCCCCCUGCUUAGGAAGUUUGCCUUGUGUUUUUUUCACUUGGCAAAGAGACAAAGAUUUUAACUCUCCCUUCUCAGCUUGGGGCCUGAAGCCUUCAGCCAGGCAAGGGAGGAAGCUCCCCAAGGGCCAGCCACAUCACCCCACUGGGUGCAGAAUGUGGCAAAGGGCUGAUCCAGAUUGGGUCUUCCUCCGCGGGGUCCCUUAAUAAACUCAGGACCGGAGGUCAUCCCCUUCUAGGGCAGAUGAGAAGAGGGGUACAUUUUCCAUGUAUGUGAGGAGGUCAUAGAGGAACCUGACUGUUGACUUGAAAAUAAAUAGAUUGCACGUGCAAGUGUCUGGGGAAAUUUCCAUGGAAAUGCACAGAAAACCUUUCGGCCUUCUCCCCACUGCCUCUCUCAAGCUCCUUCAACUCAAUGACCCUGCCCAACAGGUUGGGCUGGCCCAGCCUGAAAAAAACUUCCCAAUUCCUAACUUCAGCCUGACCUGUGUUGUGUGUCUGUGUGUUGAGUGAGCCGGUCAGCUAGCGAGUCUUUUUAGAGUUAAAGGAGAAGGUGCUGGCAAAGAGCCAACAGAUUCUUGGCCUUCAAGCACUGCUUCUCUGUGAUUUCAUUAUGCCAUCUGGCUGCCAAUGGAACUCAAAAUUUGGAAGGCGGAAGACAAUGUUAUCUGGGAUUCACCGUGCCCAGCACCCGAAGUGCCAAAUUCCAGGAGGACAAGAAUUUUAGCCAAUGACAACUCACCCUCCCCUACUCCACCUCCUUCAAAGUCCAACUGGGGCCCAGGAGGUGGGGGAAGGUCACAGAGCCUCGAGACACCCCAAGUAGAGGGGUCCUUUGAACCAAGUGUCUAGACGGUGGAGGUAAAAUUGGAAACACAUGGGGGAGAGGGAGACAUUGAAGAAAACUUCACCGUUGGAAUACUUUGAAAAGAACACAAGCAAAUUCAAACAGACCACUCUCUGGACACGAGUGAGGCAGAAAAGGAGGGCAAGGUGAUGAAAUAAUCCAGAAUUUCAAUACUUUUGAAUGUUCUUAGUGAUACUGACUUGUGAUGAUGGGGUUCCCAGGGAAGACCGGGGACUCGAGAUGUUUGUGUAAUUUAUUUAAUUUAAACAGCAUUCUCCUUUUGUUCAUUUUGGUAAUAAAGUGGUUUUGAAAUGUGAA